AUGAAAAUGCAUAAAGUAACUCAAGCAAACAAAGAAACUGAACAGGAAAUGGAAACCGGAAAACUGGAUGAGGCAUUUGAUGGUGAAGAAGAACCAGCUACAGAACAUGUUGACACUAUUGAUGUGGACGCGUUAGAUGGUGAAGAUGCCACUCUAGACAUAGAGAAGGAGAAACAAGAUAAAGAAGAAGCAGAGAAGCAAAAGCUGGACAAGGAAAAGGUACAGUGCCUAGAAGAAGUUGCCGAAGCAAACACAAAGAAGAAGCAGGAGAAGGCACUCAACACUGCUUUAGCAAAUAAACUGAAUGAGCUCCGGAUUGCCUCUCAUGAUGCAGGUGGUAGAAAAGGUGAAAAACAAACUGUUGUGGAGUCUAAAGAGGACACUAAGGAGGGUGAUGGUGGGAAUUUAAAUAAGAACGAUGAGGAUGAAUUGGUGACUAGGGAGGUUGGGGUUGGUGAGGAGGUUGACAUUGACCCUCCUCUGAAUUAUCAGGAUGUGAUGGGAGAGAAUGUGGACCCUACUGAAGAGUUGUACAAGGUGGCCCCAAUCGAAAUACUACAAAAGAUGGAACCUGUUAAUGUGUUUGGGCAGAGUAUUGGGGAUGAGGUGGAUGAGGAGAAAGAAGGGGAUGGAUUAGGUAGUGAUGUGGAGAAAAAUGACAAGGGAAGAAAGGGGAGCAACAAGAAGAAAGGGGUGAGGAAAGAGGAGAAGAGGAGUUGCUAA